AUGCAGAGGCAGUUUCCAGAAGAAGACAGGCUGGGCUUCGAAAUCCCUCAGCUCCCGCCGUGGAAGAGUCCGCAGAUGAAGCAACACACACAACAGGGCCAGCAAACGCCGCUGCGGCGGCCGCGCUGCAUCCUCGGUGCCCCUUAUGAACCGAGCAGGGCGUCGUCCACUGGUGCAGGCCAAAAGCGCGACUACGACUACUCCGUGUUCAAUGAGAGCAGGCUCCUCACUGAGAGCAAGAUAGACCAGUACUUGAAGAGCGAGGCCGCAACGCACAAACGCGUAUUCCACCGCGACCGUCCCCACGACGACAGCUACCGCCCCGACUUGCAGCCGCUCUGCUGCGACAGCUCGGACGAGGAGGGAGAGCCCCGGCGCGCGCAGAGCGCGCGUGGAGACCGCCCGUUGGUGCUCAGCAUCCCCGGAAUCCAUCCAGAAGAGAUGUACGACACGCGCCGCCGCCCCACAGACCUCCAUAGCGACUUCGAGGACGAGUCGCAGUUGCGCCGCUACUGGAACUGGUCGCAGCUAAGCAAAACGCUAGGUCCGCGCGAACAGCACUUGCUCAACCGCAUCCUCCAGAAGGAAAUACAGCUCCAGCAGCAUUUCCGCGAUGUCAUCCGCCGCGGAGACGGCUACCGUAGACCGGAGGGCCGCAGCGACGACGACGCCUACCUCGAGUUGAAGCAUUUCACCCACAUGUGUUACGAAGAGGACAAUUGCGUAUUCAACAUGGACGAUUUGAUCGUAUAUAUGAAGGGCCAGCAGUAG